CUGCUGUCAGAGAAAAGUUGGAUUUUGUAAAGAGCCUUUUGGAGGCGGACAAUGGACAGAAUAGAAGGGCGUUUUUAGAAAGGUGCUUUUGGGUUGGAGUCACACAGUGAGAGGACAUGCACAGAGCGUGGAUACUCUUCUUUCUAAUAGAAGAGGGGUUCGCUUUGGCACAGAGAGCUAAAGAUUCCCAGAACGAUCAUGGCGGCCAGAGCCCCAGCCAGAGUGACUGUGGCACCUGGGUACGCAACAUCAAUGGUGGGGUGUUCACAUCGCCAAACUACCCCAACACCUACCCACCCAACAAGGAGUGUGUUUACAUCCUGGAAGCUCUCCCUAGACAAAGGAUUCAGCUUGCUUUUGAUAAGAACUACUACAUCGAGCCCUCAUUUGAAUGCCGCUUCGAUCACAUCGAAAUCCGUGAUGGGCCAUUUGGGUUCUCACCACUUAUUGAUCGCUUCUGUGGGGGAAAGAACCCAGGCUUGGUCACAUCAACGGGACGUUUCAUGUGGAUUAAGUUCACCAGUGACGAGGAGCUGGAAGGCCUUGGCUUUCGCAUCAAGUACACAUUCAUUGCAGACCCCGAUUUCCAUUUGCACGUGGGCGGACUGCUAAACCCCAUCCCAGACUGUCAGUUUGAAAUCAGCGGAUGGGAUGGGAUUAUUCACUCUGGUCAAGUGGAAGAGGAAGAACGAGUGAAGCCUGGUGAUGCUCUGGAUUGUAUCUGGACCAUCAGGGCUCCUCCUCACUCCAAGAUCUACCUGCGCUUCACUGACUACCAGAUGGAGCACUCUAAUGAGUGCAAGAAGAACUUUGUGGCCGUGUAUGAUGGCAGCAGUGCCAUCGAGAACCUCAAGGCCAAGUUCUGUAGCACCGUGGCCAAUGAUGUGAUGUUGGAUAAUGGUGUGGGAGUUGUGCGAAUGUGGGCUGAUGAGAAGAGCCGACUCAGCCGGUUUCGUAUGCUUUUCACCUCCUUCAUUGACCCCCCCUGUUCAGCCAGUACAUUCUUCUGCCACAGCAACAUGUGCAUUAAUAACUCCCUGGUGUGCAAUGGGGUUCAGAACUGUGUCUAUCCAUGGGAUGAAAACCACUGCAAAGAGAAGCGCUCUAGAGGGCUAUUUCAUCAGAUCACUAAGACCCAUGGCACUGUCAUUGGUGUCUCAUCAGGCAUAGUUCUGGUUCUUCUUAUCAUCUCCAUCCUGGUUCAGAUGAAGCAGCCAAGAAAAAAGGUUGUAGCUCGCCGACCUGGUGUUUUCAACAAGGCUGGGUUCCAAGAGGUAUUCGACCCACCACACUACGAGCUCUUCUCUCUACGGGACAAGGAGAUAUCCUCAGAUUUAGCUGACCUGUCUGAGGAGCUGGACAGCUUCCACAAGCUGCGACGCUCCUCCACCAUAUCUCGCUGUGUCCACGAGCACCACUGCGGCUCACAAGCCUCAGUGGCUACUGGUGGCGGAAGUAUGAAGCACAGCCGCACUACCCUGAGCUCUAUGGAGCUGUCCUACCACAAUGACUUCUCCAAGCCACCACCCAUGAAGACUUUCAACUCCGCAGCCAGCUACAAGAAGAGCUGCUAUGGCUACAAGCAGCACACACAGACUCAUGACUGCGACCAGCAGGUCAUUGAAGACCGGGUCACAGAGGAGGUCCCAUGUGAGAUCUAUGGCCGUGGCGGAGGAGGAACUGGAGGAGGAGCCACGGGUGGAGGAGCAAUAGGAGGAGCAUCAGGAAUAGCAGGAGGGACCAUUGCAGGGACAGUGGGAAUAACGGGAGGACUGGCUAUGGCUGGAGGAAUGGCUAUGGUGGGAGGAAUGGGCAUGGCAGGGCCUAGUGGUAUUGCCGGAGGUAUCGGUGGUGGGAUGGCAGGAGCCUGUGGAACCCUCAGUGUUCGUGGCAACAGCGCUCGUAACAGCACCACCAUAGUUGAUCCACAGCAGCGCUCUAUGUCCAUGGAUUUCUAGAUGGAGAAGGGAGAGAGAAAAGCAGAAAGGAAGUGCAGACACACAGCUUGCAUUUCUUUCAAUAAGAGAAGGAAGAAGAGAAGAUAGGAGCAUCUUAAAGGAUAGGAGCAAUCCUAAAAUGACCGCUCCUUUUCCCUCUUCUACCUACAAGCAGUGAUAAUAGUAUAGUGGCUACCACUUAAGGAUAUUCUCUCAUUGUCUCAUGUGGAGGAAUGGGAGACAAAAAGUGAAGAACAGGAAAAAUACAGUGGAAAUUAAUCAUUCUCUUCUUCAGAUAAUGGAUUCAGAGUGAAGGAAAUGUGGAGACAUCUUGUCUAAUCUCCAGUACAUACACAUUUAAUCUCUCCUACCAUAAGAGACUUACAGGAGAAUAUUCUUGCAUGCAGACCCCAUACUUCUCUCUGUUUGGUUGAUAAAAGACCAGGAUACAGGCAUAAAAAAACAAAGUCAGUCAAUAAUACACAAAUAAAUGUGCCAAAGAAUGGCAGAGUAUUCAUAUAGAAGCUCAG